AUAAGUGAAAGGGAAAGUAUCAGCUGCAUGAGGCUACUGCAAGUAGUGAACAUUUCUAAAUCAUGGGCAAACUGUCUGUCUUUUUGUUUGUUCUUUCCUUUUCCACCAUUGCCAACGCAGGUUCAGGAUCACAUUCUCUGUGGGCACUUGCAAAUUACAUCAUCGGAGAGACGCCUUUCCCUGAGUUUACGGUUGUGGGGAUGUUGGAUGAUGUUCAAGUGGCUUACUAUGACUCCAAUGAUAAACAGACUGUCUACAGGGGACCUAAACCAACAGGAAAAAUACAUGAUGAAGUAGCUCAGGAUGGAGAUUAUGUGUUUGGAAUUAUGUACCACCACAUGAAAGGCAGAUCAUUUCACCUAAAGCACCACUUUAAUCUCACAGGAGGUGUUCAAGUUCAGCAAAGAAUGUCUGGUUGUGAGAUGUUGGACAAUGGUGAACUAGCGCUGAUCAAGGAAAAAGACACUUUCAAUGCCAUUUAUACAGAUCAAACGUUAUAUUACAACAUGACACAUUUUACAUACAAUGCUGGGAAACUACGACCAGCGUAUGAUGGGGUGAGGAAAGCAUAUUUAAGAACACUUUUUGGGAAUGUUUUCCUUCCCAUUUGCAUCAGAACACUGAAGACAAUCCUGAAGAGAGAGAAGAAUGUUGUGAUGCGUAAAGUUCCUCCCAGACUCAGGUUGAUAAAGAAAGAGGUUUCUGGAGGGUUUCAGGUGAGCUGCCUGGCGUUUGGUUUCUACCCCCGCCACAUCAACCUGACCCUGCUGAGAGACGGCCAGCCAGUGGCAGAACAGGAGCUGACAGGGGGGGAGCUGCUGCCUAGUGGAGAUGGGACCUACCAGCUGAGGAAGAGUCUGGAGGUCAGUACUGAGGAGCUAAAGAAGAGACACAACUACACCUGUACUGCCUCUCACCUCAGUCUGGACAACAAGCUGGAUGUCAGUUGGGAGUCUGGGGCAGAGAGAGUUCACCUAUCCAACCUCUCAGUUCUACUGGUGAUGCUGCUGAUUGUUAUUCUAUUGGGCAUUUUCAUUUGUGUCAAAGGGAGGAGACGCACCGCAUCGCAGACAUUGUCUCAACUUGCCAAGGUUGAUGCAAAAGUGGAGGAGAAAAUGAAUCUGUCUUCAGAUUCUAAGACAUAAGGGACAGCGCAUACUUCUGAUACUGAAUGUGUUGUCUUUUGCAGAUCAUCAUUCUUACAAGUUGUCCUAUUAUAACGUGAGCACAUAUGCUGCCGGCAGGCCCAGUUAUACAGGAAAGCUCAACUCGUGCUCUGCCUCCUCUACAAUCCGAGUGGCUAUUCCUCACGCAUCUAGAACCUAACGCUUCAAUAUAGUAUAAAUAUUUAUGAUGAUAGAUGCUUGGGUGCCAUUUGACAAAUAAAAAUAAUCUCGCACAUUUGUCCAUAAUAAUCUCAUGUACUAGGCUUUACCUGCACUGUAUCUGCAAGAUGUUGGCUAGAGCUCACUUGUCAAUACUAGGCCAAGAGUGCAAAAUGCGAUGCAAAUAUGUUUUUAUUUGGUACAUAAGUAUUUAACCUCAAAAGUAAUUUUUAUCUGCAACAAGUCAAUUUGAUGUAAACACAACUCCACAACACAAUUAAAAGCCAAUAAAUAAAAUUGUAGUGGGCCAAGUUGUCCAGGUGAGUCUAUCAUCUAGCACCGUUGUCUCACGACUUGAGCGCAUGUGACACGGCUGCUGAGGAAAGAGAGAGGAGCCUUGGACUAGGCUGCUGUUGAUUGUGAAGAUGGAGCCCUUUUUCUUUGAAGUAAAACAAAAGUUAGAGGAUAAGAGUAUGCCUAUAGUGAAAAGCCUAGAAGGGAAAUGUAACCUAAGUUGUAGUAUUGUAGUGGACUAAGAUGAGAAGAACGUUGGCAUGGCUAAAUGCAGGCUACUGUGUAACUGGCUAUUCAGGUAUUUUUUAUAUGCAAAACCUGUUCUGUUAAUUCUGUUGAGACAUUUUCAUUGGUUAAACUCAAUUCAAUCUGUCUUUUCACUUGUGUACUCGAUAUUUAAUUUAAGAUGAGUUAUAAGUAGGUCUGUUGUAAAAUAAAUAACAUUAUCCUAUUUCUGUCAUACGUUGGGUACAGUCGGCGCUUGCCUUUGUUGGUAAUUACUGCAAUAGCAUGUUCAAAAGGUUUAAACCAGUUCGCAAUUGUUUUAUUUCAUUCUUUGGCCAAAUGAAGUUCCAACUGUAAUGCUGUGUUUGCCGCCAAUAUAAUAGCUUGCUCAUAUAUUCCCUAUGAACAACUUCUUGACUUACUAUUGAUAUUACCCUAAUAAAGUUUAGAAACGUUUAUGAUG